AUGGAAGUGGAGAAGAAGAGACGGAAAAAUAAUAUCACUGUUACAAAGCCCAAUAUCGUGUUGGAGUAUAAUGAUGGCAUGGGUGGGACAUCGAAUAUACCAAAAAGCAAAAAAUACACGUUUUCAAAAUUUCGAUUAGAUGUGGCAGAACAGAUUUUAGAAAGUGUAUGUAUGCCUGAAUACACAAAGCGUGGAAGGCUGCCUGCUAGUGAUAUACCACUUCGAUUACAAUCAAAACAAUGGGGCCAUUUUCCAAGGAAUAUUCCACCCACAGAAGCUAAAAAAAAUCCUCAAAGACGGUGUAAAGUGUGCGCCAAACAUAAAAAACGCAGCAAGACUACUUGGGAGUGCAAGGAAUGCCUUGUGGCAUUACAUAUUCCAAAAUGUUUUGAAAUUUACCAUACAGAAGUAGAUUAUUAA